UCACGGGAGGUUUUGAGGAUGUGAGACCCGAAAAUUUGGGGAAUUUUGGAGGGAAUUUGGGGGAAUUGGGGGUCCCAGGAGAGGGAGAACCCCCAAUUUUUGGGAUUUUUUUAUGCAGAAAAUUCCCAAUUUUUUAUGUGGAAAUUGCCCAAUUUUCACGAUUUUUGGGCAGAAAAUCCCCAAAUUCAGGAUUUUUUUUUGGGAAACCCCCCCAAAUUCAGGAUUUUUUUUUUUUGGAAAUCCCCCAAAUUCAGGAUUAUUUCUGGAACCCCCAAUUUGGGAUUAUUUUUUUUGGAAAUCCCAAAUUUGGGAUUUUUUGGAACCCCAAAUUUUGGGCUAUUUUGCCCCCCAGAUGCAGGAUUUUUUUUGGAAUCCCCAAUUUAGGAUGAUUUUUUUUUGGGAAAUCCCCAAAUUUUGGGAUUUUUUGACCCCCAAAUUCAGGAUGAUUUUUUUUUGGAAAUCCCCAAAUUCAGGAUUAUUUUUUUUGGGAAAUCCCCAAAUUUUGGGAUUUUUGCCCCCCCAGAUGCAGGAAUUUUUUUUGUGAAUCCCCAAUUCAGGAUAUUUUUUUUUGAAAUCCCCAAUUUUGGGAUUUUUGGCCCCCAAAUUUGGGAUGUUUUGCCCCCCCAGUUUGGGAUUUUUUUUGGAAAUUCCCAAAUUUGGGAUUUUUUUGCCCCCCCAGAUGCAGGAUUUUUUUGGAAAUUCCCCAAUUUUGGGAUUUUUUUGCCCCCCCAGAUGCAGGAUUUAUUUGGGAAAUCCCCAAAUUCAGGAUGAUUUUUUUGGAAAUCCCCAAAUUUGGGAUUUUUUUGCCCCCCCAGAUGCAGGAAUUUUUUUGGAAACCCCCAAAUUCAGGAUAUUUUUUUUGGAAAUUCCCCAAAUUUGGGAUUUUUUUGCCCCCCCAGAUGCAGGAUUUUUUUGGGAAAUUCCCAAUUUAGGAUGAUUUUUUUUGGGAAAUCCCCAAAUUUUGGGAUUUUUUUGCCCCCCCAGAUGCAGCUGCUGCGUUUCUUCGUGCGCCCCCCCAGCCCGGGGGGGGUCCCGGAUCUCGGGGUCCCCUCGGGCCUGGGGCCCCCCCUGAGGGCGGCCAAGGAGGCGGAGCCGGCGGUCACGGGGGUCACCUGCGAGCUCUGCUACUACCUGGGCUGGGACGGGGAGGCGCCGCCGAGCGAGGAGGAGUCGCGGACGCUGCGCUGGAUUUUGGGGUCCCCCCUGGCCCAGGGUGGGGACGUCGCCCCCCGGAGCUUCCUGAGCCCCCGCGGGCACCACGUGCUGCUGGAGAUCGGGCCCAGGCUGGGGGUGUGCACGCCCUUCUCCACCAACGCCGUGUCGCUGUGCCGCGCCGCGGGGCUGAGCCGCGUGCGGCGCCUGGAGAGAGCCCGGAGGCUCCUGGUGGAGGUGUCGGUGCCGGUGUCGCCGGAGCUGCGCGCUCGGCUCGGCCGCGCCCUGCGGGACCCCCUGACGGAGCAGCUGUACCCCGAGCCCCUGCGCUCGCUGGCCGCGCCCGCCGCGCCCGCGCCCGUCACCGCCAUCGACGUCCUGGGCGGCGGCCGGAGAGCGCUCAGGGACGCCGACAGGGACAUGGGCCUGGCCUUUGACUCCUGGGACCUGGAGUUCUACACGAGGCUGUUCCAGAGGGCCGGCAGGAACCCGACCUCGGUGGAGCUCUUCGACCUGGCCCAGAGCAACAGCGAGCACAGCCGCCAUUGGUUCUUCCGGGGUCACGUGACCGUGGACGGCACACCUGUGCCCAGGUGCCUCCUGAGCUCCCUCAUGGACACCCAGAGCUGCUCCCACCCCAACAACGUCAUCAAGUUCUGCGACAACAGCAGCGCCAUCCGGGGGCUGCCGGUGGCCGCGCUGUGGCCGCAGGACCCGGCCGGACCCAGCCCCUACGAGAAGAGGACGAGCGUCCGGCACGUGACCUUCACCGCCGAGACGCACAACUUCCCCACCGCCGUGGCCCCGUUCAGCGGCGCCACCACCGGCACCGGGGGGCGCAUCCGGGACGUGCAGUGCACGGGCAGGGGGGCGCACGUCAUCGCGGGCACGGCCGGCUACUGCUUCGGCAACCUGCUCAUCCCGGGCUUCGAGCAGCCCUGGGAGGACGCGCUGGCCCCGUACCCCCCGGCCUUUGCCCGGCCCCUCGAGGUGGCCAUCGGGGCCAGCGACGGCGCCAGCGACUACGGCAACAAAUUCGGGGAGCCCCUGGUGGCAGGCUUCGCCCGCUCCUUCGGGCAGGUGCUGCCCGGGGGGCAGCGCCGGGAGUGGAUCAAGCCCGUGAUGUUCAGCGGCGGCAUCGGAGCCCUGGAGGACGAGCACGUCCGAAAAGAGGCCCCGGAGCCAGGGGACAUCGGGGACAUCAGGAACCCCGUGAGCUCCAUCCACGACCAGGGGGCGGGAGGGAACGGCAAUGUCCUGAAGGAGAUCUCGGAGCCGGCCGGGGCCGUCAUCUACGCCAGCCGCUUCCAGCUGGGGGACCCCACGCUGAGCAUCCUGGAGCUGUGGGGCGCCGAGUACCAGGAGUCCAACGCGCUGCUGGUGCGGCCGGCGGCGCUGGCGCUGCUGCGGCGCCUGGCGGAGCGCGAGCGCUGUCCCCUGAGCGUGGUGGGGACGAUCACCGGGGACGGGCGGAUCGUGCUGGUCGAUGACCUGGCGUCGCCCGUGCCCGAGGGGGGGUCCCACGAGGGGCUCCCCACCCCCGUCAACCUCGAGCUGGAGUGGGUGCUGGGCAAGAUGCCCCAAAAGGAGUUCUCGCUGUCGCUGUCGCCCCUCCCGCGGCGCCCCCUGAGCCUCCCCCCGGCGCUCUCGGUGCGGGCGGCGCUCGAGAGGGUCCUGAGGCUGCCGGCCGUGGGCAGCAAGAGGUACCUGACCAACAAGGUGGACCGCUCGGUGACGGGGCUGGUGGCCCAGCAGCAGUGCGUGGGGCCCCUGCACACGCCGCUGGCCGACGUGGCCGUGGUGGCCCUGUCCCCGUUCGGGGACAGCGGCGCCGCCACCGCCAUCGGCGAGCAGCCGCUCAAGGGGCUGCUGGAGCCCGCGGCCGGCGCGCGGCUGGCGCUGGCCGAGGCCAUCACCAACCUGGUGUUCGCACGCGUCACGCACCUCAAGGACGUGAAGUGCUCGGGCAAUUGGAUGUGGGGCUCCAAGGCGGGCUCCGAGGGCGGCGCGCUGGUGGCCGCGUGUGACGCGCUGGUGGUGGCCCUGCGCCGCCUCGGCGUGGCCAUCGACGGCGGCAAGGACUCGCUCAGCAUGGCCGCCCGCGUGGGGACCGACACCGUGAUGGCACCCGGUGCCCUGGUGAUCUCGGCCUACGCCGUGUGCCCCGACGUCACGGCCACCGUCACCCCUGACCUCAAGUGUCCCAACGAGCGCGGGAGCCUCCUGUGGGUGCAGCUGAACCCCGGCCGGCACCGCCUGGGGGGCUCGGCCCUGGCCCAGGUGUUCGCCCAGGUGGGCGACGACUGCCCCGACCUGGACGAGCCCGGGAGCCUCGAGAGCGCCUUCAACGUCACCCAGGAGCUGCUGCGAGAGCGUGUCCUGCUGGCGGGCCACGACGUCAGCGACGGUGGCCUGCUGGGCUGCGUGCUGGAGAUGGCCUUCGCCGGCAACUGCGGCGUCACCGUCAGCGUCCCCGCGCCGCCGCCCGGCGUCACCCCGCUGGCGCUGCUCUUUGCCGAGGAGCCGGCCCUGCUGCUCGAGGUGCCGCCGGCGGCCGCUGUCCCCGUGUGCCGCCGCUACCAGGACGCCGGUGUCACCUGUGUCCCCAUCGGCCACAGCGGCCCCUACGGACCCCGCGCCAUGGUGACGGUGGCCGUGGGUGGCCAGGAGGUGCUGGCCGAGCCCGUGGGCGACCUCAGGGCGCUCUGGGAGCAGACGAGUCCCUGUCCCCGAGUGACGGUGGCCGUGGGUGGCCAGGAGGUGCUGGCCGAGCCCGUGGGCGACCUCAGGGCGCUCUGGGAGCAGACGAGUUUCCGGCUGGAGCGGCUGCAGGCGGCGCCGGCCUGCGUGGAGCGGGAGGAGCAGGACCUGGCCACGCGCUGGGGACCCGAGUUCCGCGUCACCUUCGACCCCGACUACGUGUCCCCGAUGGCGCGCGCCAUGGAGCUGCCGGGGCCGCGCGUGGCCGUGCUCAGGGAGGAGGGCAGCAACGGGGACCGGGAGAUGGCGGCGGCCUUCGCCAUGGCCGGCUUCCAGGUGUGGGACGUGACCACCCAGGACCUCUGCGCCGGCGCCGCCUCCCUGGACGGGUUCCGGGGUCUCGUCUUCGUCGGGGGCUUCAGCUACGCCGACGUCCUGGGCUCGGCUAAGGGCUGGGCGGCCGCCGUGCGGUUCAACGCGGCGGCGCGGGCGCGGCUGGAGCGCUUCCGGCGCCGGCCCGACACCUUCAGCCUGGGCGUGUGCAACGGCUGCCAGCUGAUGGCGCUGCUGGGCUGGGUGGGGCCGCCAGCAGGUGACGGCGGCGAGGGCGCGGCGGUGGCGCUGGAGCGGAACCUCUCGGGGCGCUUCGAGUCGCGCUUCGUCACCGUGCGCGUGGAGCCGGGCCCGGCGCUGCUGCUGCGCGGCAUGGCCGGGGCACGCCUGGGCGUCUGGGUGGCACACGGGGAAGGCCGUUUCCAGUUCCGGCCGCCCUCGGCCCUUGACCGCUGUGUCCGGUCCGGCCGUUUCCAGUUCCGGCCGCCCUCGGCCCUUGACCGCUGUGUCCGCUGGUCUUUCCCAGGCCGUUUCCAGUUCCGGCCGCCCUCGGCCCUUGACCGCUGUGUCCGGUCCGGCCUGGCCGCGCUGCGCUACGUCGAUGACCGCGGCGACCCCACCGAGCGCUACCCCCUGAACCCCAACGGCUCCGGCCAGGGCGUGGCCGCGCUGGUGUCGCCCUGCGGCCGGCACCUGGCGGCCAUGCCGCACCCCGAGCGGUCAGUGCGGGCCUGGCAGUGCCCGUGGGCCGGCCGGACGGCGGCCGCAGACGGCCGGAGCAAGACCGGCAACGGGCCCUGGCUGAGAAUGUUCCGGAACGCGCUGGAGUGGUGCCUGCAGUGGCCGGAUGGGGAGAAGUGACCGCUGAGUGACCAAGUGACCGCCUGGCUGACCACGCCCUGGGUACCCCCUCUGUGACACUGACCAUCACUGACCACCACUGACCACCCACUGACCAUCACUGACCACCCACUGACCAUCACUGACCCCUCACUGACCCCUCACUGACCAUCACUGACCACCCACUGACCACCCACUGACCAUCACUGACCAUCACUGACCAUCACUGACCAUCACUGACCACCCACUGACCAUCACUGACCCCUCACUGACCAUCACUGACCACCACUGACCACCACUGACCCCUCACUGACCCCUCACUGACCAUCACUGACCACCCACUGACCAUCACUGACCCCUCACUGACCAUCACUGACCGCCCACUGACCACCACUGACCCCUCACUGACCCCUCACUGACCAUCACUGACCACCCACUGACCAUCACUGACCGCUAACUGACCAUCACUGACCACCCACUGACCCCACAAUGCCCUGGAAUGCCCAGAUGGGGAGAAGUGACCGCUGAGUGACCAACUGACCACUUGAGUGACCACCCCUGAGGACACUGGCCACUGAGUGACCACUUGAGUGACCACCCCGGGGGACACUGACCAUCACCGACCAUCACUGACCGCUGGGUGACCACUGAGUGACCCCUUGACCCCCUCAGUGACCAACUGCCCCCCGAGUGACCAACCGAGUGACCAACUGCCCCCCCGCGGAGGGGGCGGGGCCUUCAGUGACCAAUAAAGUGCCCUUAAUGAAUGAUUAA